AGCUGAACCGACAACAUUUAGUGCUUUAUCGUUUCUAUCCGAAGCAGUAAGUCUAUCAAACCCUAACAAAAGCACUGUCAAAGGACCACAGUGUGAUACAAUAAAAAUACAUUCAUAUUUUGAAUGCAAAGCGUUUGUAUGUUUGAAAAAUUAUCAUGGCUUAUAUCACUGCCUAGGACUAUGAAUGUAUAUUGCUUUUAGAAUACAAUUACAUUAAUUAAAAGAAUCACAGCAUAGGGCAAUGGUUAAGAUUCUAGUCAUCGGAGCAGGAGCUGUGGGGCUCUCAACUGCAGUGUGUAUGCAACGGUCGAUAGAUGGAGCUAAUAUGACUAUCUUCGCGGAAAAGUUCGGGGUUGAUACGACGAGUGAUGGAGCAGCGGGGAUAUUCCGCCCCUUACCCCCGGAUAUACCGGAUGACAUGAUAAGGCCUUGGUUAGCAGAGUCAUGGAAAUAUUACGACUCUAUCGCAUCAUCUGGAGAAGGAAGUAUAGCUGGGGUAUUCCCUGUGUCUGGAUAUGACCUUUAUCCAGAAAAAUCACCAAUUCCUCCUGCCUAUCGGGACUAUGUCUACCACUAUCGUCCGUGUACGAAAAGAGAACUCCAAGUGCAGUUCAACAACAAAUACAAGGCCGGGUUUUUCAUAUCAACAUUAAUGGUGGAAGGCCGAAAAUACCUGCCAUGGCUGACAAAACAGUUUCUGGGAGAAGGUGGAAAAAUACAAGCCAUCAAAGUUAAGAGCCUUGCUGAUAUUGACUCGUCGUUUGAUGUGAUUGUUAACUGCUCUGGUUCAGGGAGUUUUGAAUUGGUUGAUGACAAAAACAUGUAUCCCAUACAAGGGCAACUGACCAGAGUAAAGGCAGACUGGGUGAAACAUUUCUACUACGACGUGGAGAAUAGCACAUAUAUCGUACCAGGAGCUAACAACGUUGUACUUGGAGGAACCAAGGUUGUAGGGGACGCAUCAACGGUAGCCAACUCUGAAACAAGAGAACAAGUCUUUACUCGCUGCUGCCAGCUAUUGCCAAGUUUAAAAGAAGCUACUUUCCUAUGGGACUGGGUAGGGAUCAGACCCGGAAGGGUGAUUAACCCACGAGUAGAGGCUGGAAUAGAGACCAUAAACCACAAACGACGGAUGGUUGUCCAUAACUAUGGUCACGCUGCAGAUGGUGUGGCACUUAGCUGGGGCACAGCAGUCCAAGCAACCAAACUACUCAAGCAACUGUUGAAUGAACAGACCUCGAUUGUUUGUGCAAAACUGUAGCCCAAUUCAACAUCCACUUGGUCAUAUCUUAAACCACGAAGGCAUUUCAUUACUCUGAUUACAAUGCAGUAUAAUACAAGCCGAUAAAUAUUAUGUACGUGAUAUGAUAUGAUAUUUAAUGUAUGUACAUAUGAUAUGAUGUAUGCAAAUAUAUGUGAAAGCUAAGAAGGUCAAUGGUAAAAGCAAUUCAGAAUUAAAUGACUUGCUCAUUUGACACUGAUAAUGGCAAUAAUGAAAUGAACUUCACAUUUUCAAGGUGUGUCCGAUUCCAGCCAAUUUAGAAUACAGUAAUUCAUACAAUUGCAGUCCAUUAUAUAACCAAUCACCACAUCCAAGGUCAUUCCUUGAAUGGUUGUCAAGAUGACAACUUGACUCUACAGAUUGAAGUUGAUGCUUUGCCAACUUUACCUUUUCAUUGAAAAUAU